AUGGCUAUUUGCAAAGUUAACAUGCUCUUAUCUUCCACAAUAAUCAUUUUUCUCCUUCUUCCCGUCUUAGUCAUAGGAGAAUGCACAUGCGACUCAGAAACUACGAAAAUCGGGGGAAGAAUCCAAUCCCUUAAAUACAAGCUUAUCGCGAUCGCUGCCAUUCUUGUGGCCGGUGCCAUCGGAGUUAGUAUUCCCAUUCUCGGGAGGAUGUUUAAUGCUCUACGCCCCGAAAACGAGGUAUUCUUCAUAGUGAAGGCAUUUGCUGGAGGCGUAAUCCUUGCAACCGCUUUCAUCCACAUCCUUCCUGACGCAAUCGAUAACCUGUCUUCGCCAUGCUUGAGCGAAAACCCGUGGGGGAAGUUUCCGUUCGCAGGAAUGGUGGCGAUGAUGGGCUCAAUUGGAACUUUGAUGGUGGAUUCUUUGGUUAUGGGGUUUUACAAGAGGCAGCAUUUCAAGAAGGCUGGCAGCCAACAGGUUGCUGAUGAGGAUAGUGUGGAGGCAUCUGGUAGUCAUAAUGAUCAUGUUCAUGUUCAUACUCAUGCAACACAUGGCCAUGCACAUGGAUCUUAUGUUGCCUCUGCAGAUGAGGAAGCCAAUAUUGGUGACUCCGAUCUUAUUCGUCGUCGUAUAGUAUCACAGGUGUUGGAGCUUGGAAUUGUGGUUCAUUCGGUAAUAAUUGGAAUCUCUUUGGGGACAUCUCAAAGCCCAAUAGUCAUAAAGCCUCUUUUAGCUGCUCUCACUUUUCAUCAGUUCUUUGAGGGGAUGGGACUUGGUGCUUGCAUUUCUGAGGCACAAUUCAAGUCGUGUUCAAUGGCUACGAUGGCAGUGUUCUUUUCCCUCACGACCCCGAUGGGAAUUGCGAUCGGAAUUGGGGUUUCCAACGUUUACAAUGAGGGAAGUCCAACAUCACUGAUCGUCCAAGGGAUAUUCGAUGCAGCCUCAUCCGGGAUAUUAAUAUACAUGUCCCUAGUUGAUUUGCUUGCAGCUGAUUUCAUGAACACAAGAGUUCAAAGCAGUGCAAGGCUCCAAAUUGGGACAAAUAUUUCACUUCUUCUUGGAGCUCUAUGCAUGGCUAUCUUGGCAAAAUGGGCUUGAAUAUUCGACU